UGAGGCUCAAGUUAAACUUGCUUUAGCAGUCAUUUGUGAAGAUCCUUUCAUCCUAUCUUGUCACAGAGAGACACUAUAAGUAUCAGAGGGUCAUGUUGCUGACUGGUAGAGGGUGUAGCGUCCUUAAUGGCCUUAGUAGGUGGAGGUGUGAGGAAGAGGGGACAAGGCCAGGAGAGGGUUUCACUCUUUCUAGAACGACUACUGAGUCAUUUUAUCAUACAAUGUCUCUCAAACUCCUCAUGUCCACUGAUCAGUUGCUCAAAGAAGUGUUUGCUGACUAUCUCAAGCUACCUAUAUUUCCAGUGAAUUUAGAGUAUCACAUGUCCCAUGGCAAUACUGGAAGACUAGUUGAUCCGUCAAAGGCAAAUCUCGACGUUUGGUCGUCAUCUAUUGUUCAGCAUAACUUGUUUGAGUGGGUGGAGUCUCACCGACUGCCAUAUUUCAUAAAAUCUGAAAAGUAUGCCGAGUUGAACUUUUGCCGUCAGUUAAUGAAGAGGCGGAGCAUCACUAUUAGUUAUUCUCAGUUUAAGUGUUUUCGGUCAAAAUUAUUUAAUACCAAAGGAGGACUCCAUCUUGAGUUGUGGCUGAAGCUCUCUCAGCUUUUUCCUCCAUGUUUCUCCGACGGGACUAUUGUUGAUCACUUUGAUUUCAAGAAACUGAGUAUCACUUUGCGCCAGUAUAGCUCUGUAAUGACUGAACUUAAAAUGCCAUUGUUUCCCAUGUAUUGUGGUCCUUUAUCAAAGAUCAAAUGGGUCGAGUAUGUUCUCUCUCAGCUGUUACAAAGACUAGCUGAUUACUGGUGGCUACGCUCAGCAUCCUAUCUCUGCCCUAGCAAUCAUUGUACACAUGAAAGGUCUCUGAAUGCUAGCGAUGUUGAUUUUGUUGGCCUGACUCUGUUACUUGAAAAUAAAGUUGGUUACCCAUUCUUGGACCACCUUCACAGAGAAGCAGCUGAUACUGAAGUGAUCCAGUAUCACGUGUGGGAAGACAUUGGUCACGUAUUAGAACAAGAGACACACUUUGAACUGAAGAAGAGGUCCAUCAGCGCAUGCCUGGGGAAGUAUAGUAGUGAGGUUGUUAAGAAGUUAGGACUCUCAAGUCUCCUUGAGCUAAAACCUGAUGAUGAUAUCAACAAAUCACUGACUGAUAUCAGAGAUAAAAUGAUGUUCAGUUUAAGGAGAAAGUGGACAACGUACAUGCAUAAUGACUAUGAGUCUUACUGCAGGUGCUUCCCUCCUCGUGUCCAAUGGAAGCUGUUACCUCAGUCAAUGUUCCCUUCACCUGACCCUCUCCUUGAUAAUGAUGAUAAUGAGCCCAACUCAUCAUCUCCUUGUCACAAUAAGAAGCAGUUUGUAUCAAGGAAUAUCUCAAGGGGCAGGAGGUUCAUUUGUAGGCCGGAGGUGACUCUCAGUAUGUCUGAUCUUGGUGGAACUCCAUUGGGUGCCUUCCCUACUCCUCAGGCAGUUGAGGAUUUUAAGUCUUACCUUGAAGAUAGCUAUGGAGCUGGUUCUCAAGAGAUUGUCUCGUUUGAGGUUUGGCUGGCUAUUCUGCUUCAUCAGAAGGUACCCAAAGGAUGCAAGAACUAUCACGCAAAGAAGAUCUAUCGCGAUUUCUUAUCUCCUCAUUCUAAAGUGCCACUAACUCUCCCAAAGACUUUAAAGAAACCUCUCCCAAGGCGACCACCAUCACCCGUUUUACGUGAACUGCAGUCGAGCAGUUUUGAGAGUUUUUCCGAUGAUCUUGUUGACUUCCUAAGAAUACUCAAUAGCUCUGUCCAGUCUAGUCGACCUACUCCAGACAUGAUACUGAUGCAUUCUUUUCUUGAAGAGGAUUGCAUGUCAUUUAAGGAGCUCAAUCACGUUGAGAAGAAGCUUUAUCAUUUCCUUGAGAACAACAUUAAGGAGAAGACAAAGAAACUGAAAGCAUUUGAACGUUUUCUUCUUGAAAGAGGACCGAUGGAUUGCCCAGCCCUUUUAUUCAAUAGUGCUCAAUAUUGGAUGGAAAUCCACAUUUUUCAAAGUGUAGUCAGUGGAUCUGAUCUGUAUUUUUUGUCAAAGAAGUUUGUUGCUCUUGCUAAUCGUUUUCUUGAUACCUCUUCACCACCUUGGGUCAAGAUUGCUAUCAGUAAUGAUUUAGCUACCACACUGACUGAUGCUGCUUUGUCUUUUGCCGAAUCUCCAAACGAGGAAAAGUUUGAAGCCCUUAAAGAACUUGUCUCAAGAUCCAAAGCAACCGUCUUUUCUCAUCUUGUCCAGUUUUGGGUUGAAUUCAAUGAAUUUUACAAAAGUCUACCAAGCAGUCCAUCACAUAGCUUUUUAUCUACAACUUGCUCUAUAAAAGCUAGGAACUCCUCCUCAUCUUCUAAUGAUGUCCUUCAUCCUCCAACGCCGCCAGACAAUAAAACCCCUGCUGUUUUAUCUUAUUCGAGGCAGGACGGGCUACAAUGGAUCACUUUAGCUGCUCAAAUAGCAGCAGCUGAGACUCAAGCAUGACACAGUGGUACAUAUGCAUACAUAUAUAGUAAGCAUUCUCUGUUCUCUUUUUAUCCUGUUUCAUAGUUCAUACCCUCUUGGGCUUUGUUUUAUCAAUUAAUCAUUAUUAAUUUAUUCCUAACCAAGGGAAACACUCUGU